UGUGAUGUCUGGCAACAACUAAAUUCAAAAGCGGUACAUUCAUGGUAUGAAGUGAAGGCGCACUAGUUUCGAGAUGUCUGGAAGUGUUAUUUUUUCCAGUCAGUUGUGUAAACAAGUUAAUAUUUUAAAAUGUGGAUUCCGUCAUCUGACUUCAAAUUUAAGAAGAUUUGCAUCUCAAUCUUCUUCAGUAGGCUUUAUUGGAUUAGGCAAUAUGGGCCAAAAUAUGGCUAGAAGUCUUCUAGAUAAAGGCCACUCUUUAGUAGUUUAUGAUGUAUUCCCUGAAGCUAUGUCUCAAUUGUUAGAUGCUGGUGCUCUAAUAGCUCAAAAUCCCUCUGAAGUAGCUGAAAGAUGUAGUACAAUUAUCACAAUGCUUCCUUCUAGUCCUCAUGUUCAAGAUGUAUACACUUCAGAAAAUGGUAUUUUUCAACAAGUCAAACCAGAUACUAUUCUGAUUGAUAGUAGUACAAUUGAUCCAUCUGUUACGAGAGAAUUAGCUAUUAUGGCAGAAAAACGAAGAGCUUUAUUCUUUGAUGCUCCUGUUUCGGGAGGUGUUACUUCUGCCAAAAAUGGAACUUUAACAUUUAUGGUAGGAGGCAGUACAACUAAAUUUGAUGCAGUUAAAAGUAUUUUACUGUGUAUGGGCGAGAAUGUUGUUCAUUGUGGCGGUGUUGGAACAGGACAAGCUGCCAAAAUUUGUAAUAAUAUGGCUUUAGCUAUUUCAAUGAUUGGAACGUCAGAAGCAAUGAACCUUGGUAUUAGACUUGGUUUGGACCCAAAAAUGAUGGGCAAACUUCUAAAUAUGUCUUCUGGAAGGUCAUGGGCUAGUGAGGUAUAUAAUCCAGUUCCAGGAGUUUUACCUGAUGUUCCUGCUUCCAAUGAUUAUCAAGGUGGAUUUGGAACUGCAUUAAUGGCAAAAGAUUUAGGAUUAGCUCAAUUAGCUGCAACUAAGACAUCAUCACCCACUCCUUUAGGAUCUUUAGCUCACCAAAUUUAUCGUAUUAUGUCAAACAGUGGAUUUCCACAUCGAGACUUUUCAUCUGUGUUUUUGUAUUUACAAGAAGGACAUACAUUUAGUGGUAAAAAAUAAUGGAAAUGGUACUUUUCAUUGUUCUGCUAAAGGGGAAGAUCAAAUGUGUAAAUAUAUAAAUAAUAAUUUGCUUUAAAUUGAUUCCUAUUUAUGUUUUUGGAGAAGUUUAUGUUAAUAGCAUACUCUUUAAGUGUUUGUGAUCGUAAAUCGAAUCAACAGAAUAUGACAUAGCUAUUUUUUAGUGAAAUUUUAUCUGUGUCCCUUAUUUAAUUUGGUUAGAAUUUGUAUUUACUUCAGUGGUGGUAAAGUACAAAUAUUUGUGGGAGUUAUACUACCUCAUUGAUAUAAUUUUGUAUUAAAUAAGCAAAAUAACUGUUAAAAUUUUCAAAAGCUUUGCUAUUUAAAAAUUCUUUACAAUUUUAUAAAUAAAUGAAUAUUUUCUGCUAUGUUUUUUAAUAAAGCAUUUUUUUUUAUCAUUUCCUUUAUAUUCAACAAUAGUAAACCUGUAAUUGUAUUUUUUAUUCAAUCAAAAUGAACUACUACUAAAUUGUUUCAAUUAUUUUUAUAAUUUAUUAUGCAUUUUCAAUAAUGUAAUUUAAUUAUAGAUUUAUUUACUAAUCUUGUAACCUUAUUGGUUUUUAUUUUAAUUUUUUGCAACACACUUAAAGACAUGGUGUGUAGCGUUUUUAAAAAGUGCUUAAAGAUGCUUUUUUCAUUGGGUGUUCUUAAAAAGCGCUUAAUCUUCCCUUUUCGAAAAUCAUUUUUUCUUUACCAUGUGCUUUUUCACUAUGUAUUAUGCAAAAGCAUGCUUUUCACAUUGUUCUAUUACACGUUUUCCAAUUCAUUCAACCACAAUUUAUUUUGGGCGUACUGUCGUCCAUAGCCUAUGAAAGUGCCAAUCAUUUUACAUGUUUGAUGAAAUACUUGCGAGUUUGCAUGUGCAUCCACUGAGCUGGGUUCGGUGAGAUUAUUGCUCUCUCAUCUGCAACUUUACUGCAAUUUGCAAGAUAUUCUCAAUUUCAGGCUUCAUUUUCCACCCUCUGAUAUUGAACCAAAAAAUCUCUUGAUCAUUUUAUAAUGGCUAAGUAUGAGCUAUAAUGGUAAUCAAGAAAAGAGUUCUUUGUCAGAAACUAGUUAUUUUAUCAUGAUCAUGUAAAGUCUUUGAAAAUUAUUUUGCAUUUUGUUAAUGUAUAUAGUGCUUUAAAAGAUUUUCUUGAGUGCUUAAAAAGGUGCGUAUUUUUUGUUGAAAGAUUUGGCUACACACCCUGAAAGACAUUCCAUCCUUUUUUUUUCAAUUUAUUUAAUUUUUGUUUUCCGAUUAAAAAUAAAUUUAGUUACAUUUGAGGUUGUAUCCCGACAAUAAAUGUGAUAAUGCUCCACUCCUAGUCCCACAGAA